UUUAGAAUCAUUAUUCGGAAAUGUUUACAAAAUGUUCACGUCGAAGGGCAGGCAACUCUAAUGUAUCCGGUAAAGAAUAGCAAAAGAUUGUCAAGACAGCUGUUUCCUGCAUACAGCUUUUUGGGGCUAGUUCGUGUCGGAUAUACUUUCAUGAUAUAUGGCUCACCAUUCACUGACCCUCUUCUUCAUCAAGCCUUAGUUCCAGACAAUGGAAACCGAUUCUCCAUCGGAUGAUGCAGAAAGUGAGAUACCAGUGACUUUGUGUCCAAUGGCCAACAUUCCAGAUUCUCUCCUUCUCAGUAUCUUCAGCAACUUGGCUGCAAAAGAUGUCUUAAAAGCUUCUCAGGUGUGCAGUCGGUGGCGAGCGGUGGCAUAUGACGAGAGCCUAUGGCGGCAACUAGUGCACAGGAAGUGGAGUAUCAGUGGCAAGAUCGCGCCGGGUUACUGCUCCUGGAGGAACGAGUACAAGAGGUUGUAUUACUACGCUCCUCUGGUCUGGAGUGAGACACUCACUGAACACUCAGAUGAAGUUCUACAUGUUAGCUUUGCACACAAUGGAUCCCUGUUUGCCACAACAUCAAAGGAUUGCUCAGUGAAGGUUUGGCAAGUUGGGUACCCAACGAGACUGAAGUACAGCUAUGACUUCCGUGCAGGGUACAAAUGGGACUUCACUCAGUUCUCCUGCUUCAAUGAGUCCGACACCAUGCUCCUCGUCUCCAGUGUCAAGAGCACAGAAAUUGACAGAAGAGGAUUUGUGGCAGUUUUAUCUGUUGAACACAAUUUCCAGCUACUCCGAGUGGUGUCUAUGGACCCGUCCCAAUUGUUUGGGACUUGGCUUAAUGGCUGCACCUUCUUGGGAGGGUCCCUAGAGAUUAGUCUUGACAGAUUUGCAACCACUGUCCAGAUACAAGCAUUUGAGGUGAAGGAUGUUCCUCAGCUGCUUCCUGCAUCAGCCUCAGUUGAGACCCACUCAGGCCUUGCCCUGUUCACCUUCUGUAGUGAGACAGCCAGUCUCAUCAAGUUCCUGACUGUCGUUAAUGUGCCAACCAAAGGUAUUUCUCCCAUUCAGGAAACCGAACUCGAAAAUAUUGGUGAAUCAGCGUAUUCAGUGAAUCACAAUGAAUGUGGAGAAGACGAUAUGUGUCCACUUGCCACCUCAUCAGGAAGCUCCAGCAAAACGGAACAGAUGUGUAGCAAUAUUGUGAUACAGGAAAAUGGUCAUCCACUGCAUAUGGAUUCCUUUGAUGAUUCAGACAUGGAGGAAGAACCAGAGGCAAAGUAUGUUUCAAAGCGAAACACGAACACUCACUCGAAGAGGAAUGUAACAUCCAUGCAUCACUUAAAACUGAGGAAUUUGAUAUAUGUGACGGAAUUUGCAGUGGCUUUGCAUCAACUUGGGUUCAAGGACAUUUCACCCAACACAAUUUCUGACAUCGUGGUUGAGCGGACAAUGGAGUCAGUUGUGACUGACCUUGACAGUAUUCAGAGCCACAUGGUGGUUAACUAUAGCAACCAGGACAUCGAGAUGAGGCGGAUUCGCAAACCUGACAUGUCUGAUCACAUGAUUGAUCUGAAUGGUCAUGUGACUGGUUUGUGUCUCUCUCAGGACCAUCGGUAUCUGUUUGUAAACUGUCGACCCUGGGUGGGGAAGAUUGAUCGCAGCGACCCAUGGGCAACCCCAGAACUUUCACCAGAGAUAGAAGUCCGGGUGAUUGACCUUCACGACCUGAGUGACACAGGGGUCAGGUACAGAGGUCACAAGGGCUACUCCCAGUCCACGAUGUGCUGCUUUGUAUUCCUCGACUCCAGUCAACACUACAUUGGCAGUGGGAGCGAGGACACAAAAGCGUAUCUCUGGGAUCGCCAUUAUCAGUGUUGUCUUGGUACAUUUGGACAUGGCCCAGGUGUUGUCAACGCUGUUGGGUUUAGUCCUCGAGAUGAGGAGUAUUUUGUGACUGUGAGUGAUGACCACACCAUCAAGAUUUGGCGAUCAAGAAACAGAUUAAAGCAAGUCCUUGAAAAUGCACAAUCUUUAGAUAGAUGACAGAAUAUGCAGAUUAUGAAUCUAUCUCUCUUGUAUGCUGUUUAAUUUAUUUUCUAUGUAUUUUGCAAUGCUGGAAUUAUUUCUACUCACAGUUUUUAUGUCAGUGUAGCCUAGUCAGGAAUCAUUGAUAUUUUGGGUGUGGGGUGUGCUUAAAAAUGUCUCCUGAAAUAGGCGAUCAUAUGUGCUUACAUUCACAAUUAGGUGUACACCAAUAAAUCAUGUUGAACAUGAAUGUUAUUUCAAGACUGAAGAGGACUAUCAUUUAUUACAAGGAAAGGAGUGGGGACAGGGUUGGGUGUGUGAGUAUGUCAGAGAUUUUUAUGCACAGAUGGCCUGUAAAUAAUUACCCCCUCACUUAUGCGUGUAUUUUUGGAUGGCCCUCCCCAUUUCAUUCUGCAUUCUUUUCAUGACCCUCCAUGAAGAGACAAAAUGCUAAAACACUUUAUAGUAUACAAUAAUAUGUCCAUGUUUUUACAACCCUCCUCAAACAUGUUUUUUACUUUUGUGACCCACCCUAGGAUAAUGUUGUAUUUGGGGUGACACUCCCCUAAUUCCCUCUCAUAUACCCUUCCAUGCAUCACCUCCUAAAUGUAUCCAGUGGAUAUGGACAUGGGAAUAUCAUGAUGUGAAUGACACAACACAAAUCAUUAUAUAUUUAAGAUCUUGACAGUAAGAAUUUAAUUUUUCAUGUUACUUAUUGCAUAUUAUUGCAACAUUGCUACUCCUCUCUUCUUAUCAGAUAGGUUGAAGACUCUGUGAUGUUUAACUUCUUUGAGAGGCAUUUUAGAAGUUGUAAAGAUGAAGGAAAACCAGGUUCUAUGGAUAGUCAACUUCUGAAUUGCAAUGAGUGCGACGUUUCAGUGUAAGUACAAACACCAUUAUCAAGCAAGCACUUGCUUGAUAAUGGUGUCAGUACUCACUGCAAUAAAGAAGUUGACUAUCCAUAGAACUUGGUUUUCCUUCUGUGAUGUUUGUUGACUGGCAACCAUUAAAAAAAUGUAAAUAAAAAAUUCAGGUUUUGCAAUUAUGUGUACUGACAUAUUAUAGCUUUGCCCUAGCAGCAUGUGGGUACCUGUGAGUUGUGUUGGCAGUGUGGAUAACCCUUACUAUUUAUACCAUUGUGACCAUGUGAUCCACAUUUAUCUUGGGGAACCAUUUAGCUCCAGGACCAUGUGGACAAGUUUAUUCAGUUUAUUUCAUGCUUGUUGAAUUAUGAUCACUGUUGUCCAGAUACUCAUGCAAUGUGGUUGAAGAUAAGAUUUCAGAGUUUGUAUUUUAAUAUGUAUAAUAAUCCAAAUUAUUGCAAUAUCCAGAAUGUCAGAAAAUUGGUAUACAGUAUUCCUAUCCUAGAUUUUCGAAACUCUCUUAGAGCUAAGAUAAUCAUAAGUGCCAUACAUUAGCAUUAACUUAUAAUUAUUUUAGUGCGAAGAGAGCUUCAAAAAUGAAGGCCCAGGACAGUAGAAAGAUGUCUCUAUCUAUGAAUGUGAAUGUCCCAUCAUGAUGCUGGUCAAACAUUAUUGUGUCAUAGUUGAAGAAACCUACAUGAAUACUUUGACUCGUAAAUACUUUCAGUCAACCACUAAAAAAUGAUUUAUAUAAUAAUAAGAAAUACACAUGUAUGCACCUUGUACAAAGAGACAACUGUACGUUUGACACAUUAAGGCUUGACACAACCUUGUUUGACUGUAUCAUAAUAUAACAUAGAUAAACAGAUCCUAAAUGUUAAGCAGUGAGAAUAAUAGGUGGUGUCUAUUAAACAAUAGAAGUAGAUAUAAAUUGCACGCUUCAGGUCCAGUAUGUAUGCAAAAUAUCUGUCCAGAAAUCAUGGGUUACAGAAACAAAUUGUAUCUUUCAGUUUGAUAAUCUGAUGUAUUGAGUAGGACAUCACAAAUUAUUGCUGUGAUAUCAUGAUAUAUAACUUGUGACAUCAUAAUAUAUAACUUGUGCUGAUGUGAUAAUAUAUGUAAAAACAAAAUAGAAAAUCUUUGUGAUCUCUGAUGUCAUGUUGGACUGUGCAGAAUUCUGUCCCUUGCCCAUGCCAGGAUCUGUUAGUCAUUGGUUCAAAUCCCAGAUUAACCCAGAUUAUGAUCCUUGGUAAAUGUGUUCAAUCUGGAUCAAGUUUUUCUUACCGCUUACAUUAACGGAAAUAUAGUACCCAACUCACUCUCACUCACUCACUCACAGAAGUUGUCACUAACAUAAGCAGAUCUUACACUUAGCAUUGAUUCAAGGUAUGUUACGUGUACAACAUACUAUCUCUCAUUGAGUAAAGGUGUUUAAACAGCUAGAAAUGUGUGCUUGAUCUCGUUUUGGGUAUUUGUGAUUGUGAUGGAAAUGUUCAUGUCUUCAUGAUGAAUGUGUUUUGAUGCAAGUCAGGUUUUUUAGGAGGUCAGUAUAUGUUCACAAUCAAAGUUAUUACUGUGAUUCAUUUAUUGCUGAACUUUGUUCUUUGUGUCGGUUAAACAGCAAUUCACUCUCAAUGAUCGCAGAUGUGCUUGAAUCUGGUUUUUAAUGUUAUACUACUCACAGAAAGUAAGGACAUGCUUCUGGCCGAGUAUUUUCUGAUUUUGUGAUAAUCCUUCAUAUCUUACUGAUAUAUGCAUAUUGAUGGACUUCAUCAGUACCCAUGGAGUAAAUUUGUCAUAGUGUGCUUGCACAAUUUGCUAGAUAGAGUUGCUUCUCUUGGCUGUGCCAGAAUACUAUGUAAUAAUGUUUGAAUCCCACAUUCCCCUGAUUAAUGUUCUUGCUGUGUCCUGCUCGUGGGUUUCACCAAAGUGUCAACGUCCAAGAUAUACAGUAACACUCUUGGCGUUUUCCUGCCACAUCGAGCUGACAGCCAUGCUGCUGCUGCAAUACUGUUCAAUACAAUGAUAAAUCCAACCUGCUGAGCGUGCUUGAAAAAUAGGUCCUUGUAAACAAAUCUAAGGGAGAUAAGAAUUGUACACAGGAAGAAUUUGAAAAUCUCUUCCACAUCAGGAUCAGACAUAAGGACCAUCAUAGGGUAAUGUAAUUACAACUGCAAAAGCACUCAGUUUUAUUAACUAAGCAAAAACAUGGACAAUUAGUAUUGACUGACUGCGGAAUCCAACAAGAUGCUGUGAUUUGAAAUGAAGACAGCAACAAUGAUGUGUCCUCAUUUUCCAUCUAUAGUCAGAGUAGUCAAAAUGUAUAGAAGUGUCUAAAUACUUAAACUUAUACAAUAGACAUUGAGGUUAAUGUGAUCAUGUUUCCUACCUUAUCAUUUUCAGAUCAUAAUAGUACUUUUUUAAUCUGCAGUGAAUGAUUUAAAAUUAUAAUUAUACCAUAAUCAAUGUACUACAGAAUUAACCCUCUAUAUUUUAGAAUCAAUAAGAUGGAAACUUCAGUUUUUUUCUAAGAACAGAUCCCUAUUCAGUUUCUCGCUCUGUAUUUACAAGAUGUAAAGUUCCGGGCAAAAGAAUGUAUUCUCGUGAAAACUGGAUUUGACCAAGAACUUACAAACAUUAUCAAAAUGCUACUAGGAUGAAAAAUGUCACCACAACACUGCAAAGUUUAGGUCUAAUAUGGAACUUGAUACCCAUAUUAAAUACAGCACCGUGAGACAGAUAGCUCUUGUUUGUUUAAGCCACCAUCAAACAUAGAUGUGUACUUAUGAUUUAUUAUUCUCUUCAUAUAAAUACAACCUGGUGACAAUGAAACAAAUGUAGUGUCAAGCCGCCACAUGCUUUAAGCCAACCAGAUUGUUAUAUUAACUGUGACAUUCAGGGUCAUCUGUUGUAUGAUGUCUCAGAUGAGUGCUCUCAACCAGACCAUAAUAAAACAUAACAUGUA